CCUCAGAGCUGAGUGACAUCACUUUCCUGUGUCUGCCUGCGUUUCCUCCGCCUGUUUCCUGUCAUUCUUCAGUUGGGACGGUUUUUGUUCUGCCGUCCGGUUUCAAAGGAGACUGAGGGAGUGUCUUUGGGCGUUACACAGUGGAGCCACAUGACAGCAGCUCUGAUCCAAACCGAGUCUGAGCUGAAGGCACUGAUCUGAACCGGUUCGUGGAGUCACGUGUUCCUUCACUUCCUGCUGUUGAGACCAGGCGUGUUUUAAUUCACAGCUCUGACCUCUGGACUCUGUUAUCAGACUCAACGGGUCUGGAAGCAGGCAGAACAAUGCAGCCAUUUGUUCGUGACCUGAGGGAGCGAGACAGAGGCAGCUGAUCAUCAGAGCGUAAUGAGCCGGGCUCAGCUUUACGUCAGCAGACAAACUGGUCCUGCAGGUCCCUGCUCUGCUGUUUGUUACCUCUGAUCGACAUGGCUGAAGUCCACAGAUCGGCGGCGCCGAGCAGGAAGAAAUGGGCGAUUCCACCGAGGCUCGUGACUGACGACAGCCAACCACGCGCUCGGCCUCCUGAAGGAGACCUUCUGAGGAAUCUGGCUGUUCCCUUCAGAGGUCACAUCACUGGUGGGAUGUGUCCGGGGAAGAAGGUUGUGGUGGUUGGUCUUGUGGAUUCGUGUCCUGACAGGUUCUACGUGGCUCUGACCUGUGGCCGCGGAACUUCUGGGGAACCUCCCCCUCAUGUGGCUCUGGAGCUCUGUGUUCGAUUCAAGGACCAACAAGUUCUGCGCAGGGCCUGCGUGUCGGGAUCCUGGGGCGACUCUGAGAAAGGCAUCCCCUUCUUCCCUUUCAUCAAAGCCCAGCCCUUCAAGAUGGAGAUCCACUGCGAGCACGGCCGGUUCCGGGUGGCUGUGGACGGGCAGAAGAUGUUUGACUUUUCCCACAGGCUGACGUCACUCAGUGACAUCGACACUAUGUGGAUCAAAGGCAGCAUCAGCAUCAAUAAACUGGCCUGAUGGAUAAACUUGGGCUGAGCUCAGACUCUGGACUCAUCUGCUCUUAUUUUUAUUUAAACUAUUAUUAUGUUUUUUCUUUUGUGCCAAAUUGCACUUUUGUAUUUUUUUGUCUUUCUACAAAGUCACAAGUUAAAAAAAGAAAACAAUAAAUGAUUUAUUAUGAACCAUUAA